AUGGACUGUGUUGAGACAGCUGCAUUCGCUAAUCAAGAUCCAAAAGAGAUAGAGCGACUGCUGCAUAUGGUUGUUGUCAGUGGCGGUCCCACGGGUGUCGAGUAUGCUGCUGAACUUCAUGACUUCUUGGUAGAAGAUCUCAAAACAUGGAACCCCGAUAUUGCCGACAAAUUCACGAUCACACUGGUGGAAGCGUUGCCAAAUGUAUUACCAAUGUUCUCGAAGCAGCUCAUCAAUUACACUGGAACAACAUUCAAAGAUUAA